GCAAACAGCUGGAGGCUUCAGUCGUCACUGACUGUCCCCGGUCAGGGCGUGUUGCUAGCUCAGCUCUUCCAGCCAGACGGGGGUCAGGCCAAGCAGUUUUCUUUUCAAUAUUCGGCCGACUAAUGUUGAAUCUAUAGUAGAUAUGGAUUUCGACGCUUUAUUUAACGAAAGGACGUUUCAGUUCUCGGACUUCCAGGAGUUCACGUUUAUUCCUGGACACCAGAAGUUGACUGAAAGAGUGAGAAAGCGACUGUAUUAUGGCCUGGACAAAGACGUUUCCUUAGAUGCCCUCUCUUGCCCUGUCACAGAUAUUGCCGUCGAAAUCUUCCAGAAGUCUGCCCCCAGCCCAAUACGAAAACUCCAGAAGAAAUAUGCUGCUCAUGUUGCCAGGGAGGCUUGCAUCUCCCCGUGUGCCAUGAUGCUGGCUCUCGUUUACAUAGAAAGGCUCCGACACAGAAACCCUGAAUACCUACAAAAGAUCUCCUCCUCUGACCUCUUCCUGAUCUCUAUGAUGGUUGCCAGCAAGUACCUGUAUGACGAAGGUGAGGAAGAAGAGGUUUUCAACGACGAGUGGGGAGCAGCUGGGAAGCUGGAUGUCCAAACUGUCAAUAAGCUGGAGAUGAACUUCUUGAAUGCCAUUGAGUGGAGCCUCUUCACCGAGCCAAAUGACUUCUUCGAUAUACUUAGUCAUCUAGAAACCAGCAUUGCAGAGCGGCAAGGGAUGAAACGCGGCUGGUUUACCUACACUGACCUCUGUGUGCUGCUGGAGCAAUCAGCGUGGAGUCAAGCUCUGGCAGCCAUCUACCAGCACUUUACUAAGGUAUCCUGUAUGCUCGGUCUGGUCUAUCUGACCAGUGUGGCUGGCCUCAUUGCCACCAGUGCUGUGCUGCACCAGCUCAGUCUCUCCAGAAGCGGUCAGUCCCCGCUUGCACCCCCAGCUGAGAGCAGCCCGGCCCACCUUCAGACCUCCAACCUAACCCCAGAAGCUCCCGCUGCAGCCCAGCACCUGCCCUGUUGUGUCCUGGCUAACAAGAGUCUGAACGGUCAGACCAGCACACUUGGAAUCAGGCAGCACCACAGACAAAGUCCCCCAUCUGCAUCCUCACCGACAUCAGUAUUGUGUCUCUGGGGCUCCCUCCUUGCCUCGAUGGGUCACAUACAUCCUGGAACAAAGUCUGAUAUGGAAAACUCCCAAACCUGGUCUGCUGCUUCCUUCUUCUGCCCUGGCUGUCUUGCAACCCUUCCUCCUCUCCAGUGCGGGCUUAAGAACACCUCAACACUCUUCACUCACGGUCCCCCUGAAAACCAUCAGCGUCAAGAACCGUGGCUGGUCUCUGGCCUCCUUGGAGCUGCAGAGCCAAGUCUGAACUCUCGCCUCGGGAUGUUACCACCUCUACAUCUGGGACCCUGCCAUCCAGAGUCUAUGUUACCUGUCGAGAAAGCCCAAGCUCUGCUCAUGCUGGGCUAGAGAGUGGAAAACAGCACUGCUGUCCACCUGUAGUAAUAGGCUCUGGAAAUUGAACCAGCAUUGUCUUCAUGACCUCAUCAACUGCUUUAAGUCAUUUUUGUUUACUUUUCCAGAUCUAGGAUACAGGUGUGACGACAAUAACAAUUAGGCACAUUAUAGACAGAAGGAGAGUUUGAUAACACAGCACAGGGUGAAAACUCACUUAUAAUUCAUUGCUGCAGAAUAAACUUGCCAUAAGUAAAAUGCCAUAGUGUUCAGUUAAUGCUCUGCAACUGUUUUUUUUAAUUGCAGAAAAGGAAUUUGAGGAUAAUUUAAUGUUUUUCUUGGCUUCAACCAAACUGUUUUGCUACCUGCAUUUGUUGUUAUUUGGAAGGUGAGACCUGUCAGAUGGUGAUGUAGGGCUUGGUGAUUAGUGUCUUUUGAGUUGAAGAAAGUGUGCGGAGGUUACACAACAUAUCUGAAAGGUGGGAGUUUCAAAGUAAGCUUUUUUGGUGAUCAGGCAAUGUGAAAAAGAAGAAGGGAAUAAACCAUUGUAUUUGUAUGGUACAUUUUAGCUUAUCAACAUUCGCUUAGUGUUACCAUGUUUUUGUCAUGUAUGCAUACAGAGGUUUACAUCAGAUGUUGGUCAUACACAUGCUGCAAGCACUGAUUGUGUACACAAGAUGGGUUUUUUUUACUACUUGUGAACUUGUCUCCUGUUCUUGUAAACUUUCUCCUUUAUUCAGGCGAAAGCAUCAAAGAAAGGAAACAGACAGUUUGAACUUCAUACCUCAGUGUAACACACAGUGAUCGAUAACAAAUCCUCUUAUUCUCAUUUUCCUUUUAUAGUGAUAUUUACCAGAUUUAUGUGGCAACAGGGUGUCACAUAACCUGUAACAGGGUAGCUACUUUCCUGUAACAGGGUAACGUGCAGCCAAACAGAAGAGAGAAGAGAUCUACAAGUUUCCCAUUCUCCAAAGGGGGAAAAAACGAUGGAUAUCUGGGGGUUUUUACACAAUUUCUAGUUGGUUUCUGGUUUUUGAAGUGAACAUUUUAAUACAACAUGUAGCAUGUUAACGGAUAACAGCAGUUUCUGUGUUCAUGUGGUCUGGAAUUUGCACAACUGGUUCUGUUUCCAUUCACUCCACGAUCACUACUUUAUCAUCAAUCUUGUCUUUUAAACACCAGAGAAAAAAAAAAGUAAAGACUUGAUUAUUUUUAUGUAUCCAGUUACACAUGGUCCCCAGGACAUUUACUUUGUAAUUGAAUCUUUGACAAAUUGCUGUGAGCAUUUUGAAUUUGAUACACUUGGAAGCACGAAGUCCUUUAAUUUUGUAAAUGCUGUAAAAUGCAAAUAUUGUAAAAAUCUGUAGGAAAAACCAAUAGUUAAUAAAGAUGGCAUUUCUUUGUGA